GGAGCUGCUAUUGGAGGUGUCUGCCUGGUUGCUUUGCCUGCAGCAGUUCUCUCUUUCUUAGGAUUUACAGGUGCCGGAGUAGCGGCAGGAUCUGUUGCAGCCGGGAUUCAAAGUGGUAUAGGGAAUGUAGUAGCUGGCAGCGUAUUUGCAUUCCUGCAAAGCAUUGGUGCUACAGGUGUCUCUGCUGCGGCUUCUACUGGCUUUGCUGCAAUUGGAUCAGCAUUGGGAGCUGUGAUUGGAUUUCUCAUCUAAUGCAAAAUGUGUUCCUAAUGAUUUAAUCUUAAAAAUGCAAUAAAUUUUUGCAUCUCA